CCCAGGAAGUGACGUGAGGGGGAGGAGUUAGGCGGCAAGAUGGCUGUGCGGGCUGCGCUCGGGCUUGUGUGUCGGGGCGUCUGGCAGAGUCCAGGGAUCUUUGCUCUAAGCCAUCUGAAGAACAUUACAGCAAAGAGGGAUGGUUUUCUUCUUGAAACUUACUUGAAGUGGGUGCAGUUUUCAAACUUGCAUAUGGAUGUCAGGAGUGGUAUGGAGAAACCUAAGAUCUCCAUUUCUGAUGAACCAGACACAUUAUAUAAGCGCCUCUCAGUUUUAGUAAAAGGCCAUGAUAGGGCUGUAUUGGAUAGUUAUGAAUACUUUGCUGUACUUGCUGCUAAAGAACUUGGUAUCUCCAUUAAAAAGGUACAUGAACCUCCAAGGAAAAUAGAACGUCUUACUCUUCUCAAGUCAGUACAUAUUUUCAAGAAGCACAGAGUUCAGUAUGAAAUGAGGACAUAUUACAGAUGUUUAGAGUUACAGCACUUGACUGGAAGUACAGCAGAUGUCUAUUUGGAAUAUAUCCAACGAAACCUACCCGAAGGCGUUGCCAUGGAAGUAACAAAGACCAGAUUAGAACAGUUGCCAGAACACAUCAAGGAACCACUUUGGGAAAUGGUGGACAAGGAAGAAAAAGCAAGCAAAGCAUGAUGAUAAUCUUCUUACAUCUGGUUUUGAAAUGGAAAUAUCUGUACGUCCAUGUCAUGAAUGAUUAUACUCAGCAGAGUUUCUUUAAAAUCUCUUUUAUCUGCUUGUCUCUUGGUUUAACUUUGAUGGAAUGAACUACAAUGUAAAGGGCAUCUUUUAAAGUUAUUUGUAGCCUUUAUUAUUUUGGGUCCUGCUUUUAGAACCUGUGAGCAAACUUUUUAAACUGUUACAUGAUAAAAGAGUUAUGUUAAGACUUGCACACACAGAUGUUAAUUUAAUAGCACUGAUUGACUGGCAUUUGAAUGAAAUUUGUUCACUUAAAAAUCAGUAUAUUUUAAACUUCUUCUUGUUUGGAUUUUUUUUCUUUUUCAACUGUUGAGGGAAUAAUAAGCACUUUUGAUAAUUUUAAUGUGAAACAUUGCCAUUUUAUGAUAGAGGCUGACUAUGUAGAAUUAUACCUUCAGGAGAAGUUGGUCUAUUACUGUUACUAAUAAUUAGUGUCUUAUUGAGGUCCAGAGUGGGAAACACCUUGUCUGAGACCACAAAGGCAGUUAGUGGCAGCUCACUGAGGUGUCAGACUCCAGUCUAGUUCUCUUUUUAUGCUAUAAUUUAUUAUUUUAAUCAUUAUUUUAUUUUGGGAUCUUGCUAACAUAUUGGCAAGCUUUUCACCUUUGUAUUGUUUGAUUCAGACUCAAUUCUUCAAAAUUAGGAAUUGUUUUGAGUUAAUAAAAUGAGCAUAUUUGUGAUGUUCUUCAGGGGUUAGGGUGGAAGUGUGAUAAUUAAUGUUGACAUGGGGUGCAGUAAAGUUGAUAUGUUACUUUAUAGCUCAAAUUCCAAACUUUUUCGACAUAGGCUACGUAGUAGUGAUAUGUGGGUUCAUAAGAAAGUGGCAUUGCAUUCAUUCACGUGUUCAUUAAGCAUUUAUCAAAUGCUUGCUUUGCUAGGUGCUGUGGGAGAUGCAAAAUAAAGAAGAGUAAGAUGAA